CGGUUCGUAGCUGGUUUAGCGCGGAACCUACCUUCAACGCUGUGGAACGCGCCCGCGUGUGCCUCGGAAACUGCGGGAAGCCUAACGUAAGCCACUUUCAUUCAUCAACCAUCAAGCUUGUGGGUGUGGAAGAGUACUGCCCGAGUAUUCAAAGAUUAUCCUACGGUGGAACUGAUCCGGAGAUCAAGAACCUAAAAACCUGAAAGUCAAGAGCUCAAGCUUGACUUCCGGGAUUUGUGGUAGAUGUGGUAGGUGUGUGCGGAACUCGGGAACAGCUGAUCGUGGCGAAUACAAAAGAGGUGGAUCUGCCUUCCGGAGAUGCGUAGAGUGGGAGAAACUAGUCAGGAUAGCAGAACCACCUGACCGCUAGCGGCCGGACGACCUCUGUGUGCGGAGGUGAAUAGUGUAGCUGCAGCGCUCCCCUUGUUGGUCACUGCACUGUACACCGUUUCAAGGUCAUUGCGACGCAACGUCACACGCAAGAAGCAACACGAGCAUCGGGGCUGCGAUGCUGUGACGCAUCAACGUUGGCACUGCCCGAAAGGAUCGUACCGGGAUUCUCCAACGCGAGUUUCCAACGCUGCUGCUGCGACUUGAGCGAGCGUGAGCAAGCACGCCGCCGCGCGAGAGAGCGAGAGAGAUAGAAUGUGAUAGAGAGAGAGGCAUCCACUUGAUCAUCACAUCCCUAUAAAAGCUCACCGCCCGUACGGUCUGAUCGUGCAGAGUACCGUCUAUCCUUCGUGCGAUUAGAAGAACAAGCGAGGGACCGAUCCAAACAACAACAACGAAAAAACCGCUUGAGUUAACGAUUCUGAGAACGAUCUGUUUGUGAACUGAAGCUCUAGCAUCACCAAGCAACGUGGUGUUCGUACUGCAAUCAAAGCGUUUCAAAUUAGCGCCCUCGAGAUUUACGGCUUCUGUCUGCUGGUGGGAUCAACCGUCAAAACAACCGCAGAGUGGUGCGAUCCAUCCGUCUAGUUACUGUGGCUGGAGGAAUCUGAGGUCGUGCAGAGGUGUGUUACAUCAACGACCAACUCUCGCGAACAAGGUGUGAAGCCGUCACGAAGCAACCGUAAGCGGACAAGCCCCCCAUCGUGCAGCAGUUGUGAGGUCAGAACUUCGGAUAUGCACAGAAUGUACACGGUCACAUCAGUGCGGAGGUUAGUGGUGAUGGCCAUGCUGGCCCUGCUGGUGGUCCUGCUACAGUGUCCCGCACCCUGCCAAUCGUCACCGGUGAUGCUCGACAAGCUGUUCGGCUUUGCCGCCUAUCAACCGACCUACUCCGGCGGUGGUUACGGUGGCAACCAGUACGGAUAUUACGGUGGUGGUGGCGGAGGAUCCACCAGCCACACCGGGACCGGAUUCGGUGGACAUCAGCGGGCGACGGCCAGCUCCGGUCACAAGCGGCAAGCGAAGGGCCGUGACUACAAAGACAUCUGUCGGGUAGUUAACCCGGCACCGUACGCCCUACCCGGGAGGGCACCAUAUCCGGCCGCUCCCUUCUGUCCGUACUAGUGUAGUGUGUGUGUGUGUGUGUGUGUGAUUAGGCUUAAGUACACCGUGACGUAACGAGUCAGUGAACGACAUACAGCAACGUGAUCUAUUACCGAUUAGCUUAGACAAUUAUUUUAUAAAGUCCGAAGAUGUCGUAUACCCGCAAAAGAUGGCGUUAAAGAUGGAGGAAGCAUUUUAACUGCUAAACUUGUGCUAACAUACCAUACCGAAUACUGUCGGUUGCUUCCAUCGUGGAUCUUUGCAAUAAAUGCGAAAUACGAGAGAAAAAAAAUGGAACAUCAGUAA